UCUCUAGGGGUAAGUAUGUUACUGUGAACAUACGGUGGCAACAUUGCAGAAGAUGGUGGUUCUCACUCUUGUCUCCUAUAUCCAUGUGCUUGAAACUGGAAUGUGGCUCUUUAUAACUAAGAAAGAAAAAAUCAAGUGUUUCAUUUCUCAAUAUUGUCUUAGAGAGAGCAGUUACAAACAGUUGUCAGAUCACAUAUCCAAUGAAAGAUAUUGUGAAAGGCUACUGGAUGCUCUUUGUAAAGAAAAUAAAGCUUGUGCAUUUGUCUUUCUCACUGUCAUUGUCAUUAAACCUCGUGUCAUGGCAGUUUUUCACUCAGGAGUUUUGAACUUGGACCUUGAUGAUGCCUAAGAUGCACCUUAAUGUCACUAGAAACAGCAAUGUUGUUCACUGCUGGAAGCAGUAAAGCUAGAACUGGUGCGGGGUUGGAUGCUGCUCACAGCAUGUUCAGCAGCCCUCUUCGUGGCAUCUUGCCUGAUACCAAAAGGGGUGGUUCUGUCUUCCAUCCCUCUCAGCAGGUCCAUGUGGCAUGCUCCAGCAUUCAUCCAGGCCUAUGGCAGUGCUGGAGCUUGCUGUGCCGCUGCCUGGCUGAGGCAGCGUGCAUGGGUAGGCUUUCCAGUGCUGAUUGCAUUUAGAGAAGGGGCCACAUGAAAGCACUGCUCCUGGUUUUUACCUCUGUAAAUCUGUCCUAAUGGGAAGGACUUCUUAAGACCACAUCCUUUCUCCUGAUUUUUUUGUUUGUUUGUUUGUUCUUUUAGAAAAGAAAAUGGUGGCAAUCUUUUGCUCUCACUGCCUUCCCAACAGGAAGUUCAGGGGGUCCCCGACUGCAUUUGGAUUUUGAUGUUAGCAGUUAUGUUUGCAGUGAUGACUGUGACUAGAAAAAUGUGUGUCUGUAUGUCAUCAGACAUGUGUGCGUUAGAACAAAAUUUAAGCUCAUCCUGGUAAUUCGAAUGAAUAACCAUUGAGUUGAUUCAUAGAUUUCUGUAUAGAUACUGGUGAAGUUCUUUAUUAAGACUGAGUCAAAGGGUCAGGGCGUGGAAAAUUAAAACCAAGAAUCAGUCAAGCCUAGCGAAUCUCUUCAUGGCCAAACCAACUGAAGUCCUGGAUAGUGUGUCCCCACGGGGCAGAGAAAGAGACAUGGGCUUCAAAGCCUCAAAGACUUAGUUCUGCAAAAUGUGUAAUGAACUAUUGUUUGUUAGGAAAAGUGAGGAGUCACUUUGGCUUCAAUGCAACAAAAGAUAAAAAAUUAAAACCUCUUAGUUGUCUUGUUCUCCAUCUGUUCCUGUUACUUUUUUUUAGUAACUUUUGUUUAUUUUUUUGUUUUUAUGUCUCUUCCUUCCUUCACUUUCCUAAAUGUUGUUACUGUCUGUCUUUUCACUCAACUUCAUCCCCUUGAAUCUGCUUGAAACUUGGUCAGGGUUUCAGCACUGAAGUUGGCGUUGGACUGAUUGCAAACAAUAACACUGGCCUGUUGCUCUCUACUCAUCUGCAGACAGAUUGUUUAAAAUUAAGAUCCUGUUCCCACUCAACUUCUCCAUUUGGGGUUUUCCCCAAAGCUUCCCAGAAGCAGAUGGUGCUUCCUGGAGCUGUGCUUACAGAGCAUUACACUUUAUGCAGUGCUGUCUCCUCCUGACAAAACCAGGCGGAUGUGUCCUUCCCUCAGAGCUGCCAGGUUCAAAGAAAGCCCAUGUACAAGCUGCUGUGCUGUUCUGAUGUCAGCCUGGUCCAAGAUGGUGUACAGUCUACAGCUUGACCAGGAAGCACUCUGAGGACAGGUUCAUGGCAAGGAUGAAAGGAUACCUUCUGGUAUAAAAAGCUUGACUGUAGAAGUGAGCUUAGGAUGCACUUAGAAAUGCAUCUUGGAUCAAUUGAUUUGAUCCCGUAAUGAAGCAGCAUGCCUGCAAGUUCAUGCCUUUCCUUUUCCCACUGACUUCAUGAUGCAAUGACUAGUCUGUUCCAGAGCUUCAAGGAAGAUUCAGGAGAACAUGCAGGAGGUUGAGAUACCUCUUGGGAGGGCAGAUGGAAAUUGAAAUAGGUUAGAAAUGCUCUGGGAGCAAGCUUAGUUAAAGGGAAAAGGCUAAAGAGGGUAUAUGUUACAUUUACUACAAGAUAGAAGCUUUCUUUGGAAAAUUAGUAUUUUAAAUAACAAGAGACUUAAAAAUUAUUACUUUUAUAGAAAAUAAGAUACUUUAUUUUAGGGGAUGAAGAAAAAAAAGCCAAGAGACCAGAAAGCAAGGGGAGGGGGCAGAGAAGGAAAAAGAAAGAGUGGGGGAAGAGAUGGAGUCACUGGCACUGCUGCAAGGGCAGGACAUUUUUGGCUGGCAAGGGAAGCUGAUGCACAGUCAGUGGAGAUGAAGGCUGCCCAGAAUCCUGUGUGCAUGAUUAAGUUCUGCCUACAAAAUCAUUAGGGUUUAUGGUCACUUAAAUUAUUACAAACCCAAAUAUAAAUGUUUAUUUUCUUAAAAUGGAUUUUUUUUUCAGUUUGAGGGUUCUGUUUAAAUGUGACAUGCCUGUGCAGCCAGUAGCAUGAGCUGAUGUGACUGAGCCAGUGCUGUUUCCUUCAUGAGCUGAUGCUUCACUUCCUGCAGCGAGUGGGUUCACUUGGGCCUGCCAAGGCUGCCGUGGAGGGAUAAAGAGAGUUGGACCUGGAUUUUCCAUAUGUCCUUAUGUGUUUCCUGCUGCCCAUGUAUUUUUUUUUGUCACAUCAAUAACCACUUUUGUGAAAGGUAAAAAUUAUUCUGUAUCAUUGAUUAAAAACUGUGAGAAACAUCCUUGGUAACCUUGCGUUGCUCCAGAUGGUAAAUUCUGCAGUCCCUUCAUCAUUUCAGUAAGGCAAAAUACUUUUCAGUGGCUCGCCUUUUAUCCUAACACUUCUAAAACAUUUUUAUACAUGAUCUUUUUCAAAGGUACUCUGGGGGAUUUCCACUCCCUUGCUGUUUUAAAAUGCUCAUACUCUUGUGUUAACCACAAAGCUUACGCUGGUGCACUCUGUCUCUCUUUCUCUCUCUCUCUCUCAUUUUCUCCCCAUUGAGGACCAGCUACCAUUUCCAGGUAAGGCUUUACCAGAACGUGUCUUGUUAAUGCUGGCAGGAUCUUACCAUUGCUAGAAUUAUUUCUCAUUUCUGAAGGGCUCUUCAGGGGUACACUGUGGCACACAGGGGUGUGAGUGGCACAGGGCUGUGCUGGGGGAAGGCUGCAGACCCCAAAACAUCUCAGAAACUGUGUUCACCCCUGAACCAGCAAAGUGGUGCCACAGUGUCAUAGGGGUGAGUGGCAGAGCCUUGUUGCUGAAAUUUCUGUUGGUGCUUGGGAAUGUGCAAGCCAGGGAUUGCUACAGAAGUGAUGGGAACAAAGUUACUUUCCAGCUAUGAGUGUGAUUAUUUUAAGGUAAAAGUUCUCUGUAUUACUGUAACAAUAUUGUGUUGGUUAGACAUAGAGAGAUAAUGCAAAAUUAAUUCAUUAUUUUUAGAACAUCCAGGGAAAACAGUAGAUGUAGCAAAUAAAUAAACUGGUUGUAAAAUCAGAGCUGCUUCAGCACCAGACAGACUUCAUUGGUUGUAAGAGGGUAUUUUUUAAUUUUUUUUUUUAAUGCUAUCUGUGUUGUAAUCUGUGUCUUAAAAACCUGCUGAUGUCUAGUCUUACGGGAAUUCAUUGUAAUGCUUGACUGUACCUCUACGCAAAGGAAACCCUACUGUCUUACUCUGCUUAGUGAAAAUUUGCCUAUGGAGAUUAGCAAACUGAUGCUUGCUUAGUAAGAUUUUACUGUGCCUUGACAAUAAGGUAAUACUGGAAUUUGGAUAGGAUAGUAUUGUCUAUAUCCAAAAGAAAAUGUUUGUUCUGCUGUCCUUUGCAGCAACAUCCCCUGUAGGUGCUCAGGCACAUAUCCAAUAGGAAAUUGUUGCUAUUAGAAAUAUUCUGUCCUGGGUACCAGCUGGUCACUGCACUGCAGUUUUGAAGUGAUUAGGAUAACAGGAGAGCAGCUCCUGAGGCUGACUUAGUGCCAGGUGAAGUGGGAGUAAGCCCUGAGUAUCAGCAGUGGGUCUGUGUUGGUGCAGUAGGGGAUCCUUUCCCUCCGCAGCCUCUGUGCUGGGGUGACACACGUCAUGCAGCUGGGGUUCUUCUCCCCCAUGGGGACUCUGCAAGUGUGUUUUGUUGUCAGCAGUCAAAAUGUUGUAUCUCUUCUGGGUUGGAAGGGACAAGGAUGAUCCCUCAGUGAUGUCAGAUGUCAUAAUCUGCUGUUUUCACAUGACUCCAUAUAAUUUGCUAUAUCUUAAAUAUGUAUCUCAAACUGUAUAGAUAUUUUUAGCCAUUCUUUAGCAGACUCUGUUACCUCUUCCACUCUGUAUGUUAAGAGUUGGGGCAUAUAUUUCUUGUCCCCAAAAUACAGUGUUUUUGUAGAAGACAUUAUAGUAAAUAGUAACUCAUACAACUUUGUUAUUUUAAUUAAAAAAUAUGGAGGUAGCUAAUCUACCUAGCUUAUAAGGCAGCUUGGACAGGGUCAUUUUAAUGCAAGGUAUGUUCCCGUCCAUCAUGUUUCUGCCUGUCAGCUCCCAAUGAAGUGACUUGAUCUUAGACCUCUAAAUUUGACAAACUUUUCCCACUGUGACUAAGACAGGCUUCCAGUUCUGAUGUACCAUAAAAGGUACAUAAUUUGAGAGAGAGGGACAGGGCAUCUUCUAAGACUUGUCCCUGCCAGGUGCCUUAGGGCAAAGCAAUAGAGCUGAAGUAGAGCUAUAGGAACAUAGGUGUAUAACUUUUUUUCUAUUCCCUGUUGUAUAUAUUUCAUGGAAGCAUGGUAAGUGAAGAAGUAAUCACAGUGCUUUUUAUUGAGCAAUACCCCAAUCCUGGAGAGUUGCUGAACAUUGCCUUCCCCUCAUGCAGUGAACAUAGCAGAAGCCAUGCUCUCAGCCCCCAUUUGCUGGGCAGCAGGACCAAGGAUCCUGUCGUCUAGUCCGUGCAUGGUGACCAAAUCUCUGAUAACAACGCAGAUAUUUGCCCUUCUCAGUCUAAAAGGCAUGGGUGGCACCCAGUGCCUGUGCCUCAGGUCUGCUGUCCUGGAAGUUUUGGUGCUGCAGCCUGCCGUAAUGGUGCACUCGUAGCUCAUAUGUGCUGAUCUUUCAGGGGGGUUUGGCUUCAUGUGAGAGGAAACAGGAGAAAAAUACUCUCUUUAAGAAGAGCACCCACAUUAUAGGGAAUGUUUAAUCUGUGUGCAGAAAGUAUAUUUUUGUGACUGAAAGAAGUUAAUUUGUCCACAGUAGUUCAAUGGGACAUCAGGUUUGUAUAUGGCCUUUGUCCAUUCUGACUACUGGUGCCAUAGAUAGGCAGCAGCACUGCUGGAGGGGAGCUGUUUGAACAUGGCUUUAAAAUGUUAAUGCCAUUUUAUAUCCUAGUAAGUCAUGCCCAUACUGAUUUUUCUCCUUAUUAUUAUGUUGUACUCAUGUAUUGCUCAGUUUCUGAACAGUUAGAAAUACUAAGUGGGGUGUAUUUUAAUGGAAAGUGUUUGGGCUCAAUUUGGUGUGGUGGUAGUUAAAAUAGGAUAGCCCACAUUUAGUAAAGUUUAUUUUUGAAUUCUCCUCCUUGGAUUACUUCCAGUGAAGUUAAAGCAUCUGUGUAUAAAGAGUUGUUCCAGAAGCAUUUUGCUUGUGCAGCUAUUGGUGCAGGCAGGGCUGGGAUGCUGAAGUGGUAGGAAGGUGCAGCUGGGAGCUUUUUGUGCUGUGCUGCCAUUGAGCUCCCACUCACUGGUAGCUGUAUAUAGGACUUGGGCUUAGUUUUUAGUGAGUCAUACUGCUUUUUUUUAUGUGUGGCCAGAAUUAAUUCUAUUUAUUUCAGUAUAUGGAAAUCCGGGUUUUUUAAUGUGUAGAUUUUCAGUCUCCAUAAACUGGGGGGUUUUUUGUGUGCAUGCUGUUGCAGUGGAGGUGCAGUGAAAAUCCCUUUACUGCAUGCACUGUGUGUCUGCCACAAGAGCAUCAUUAUACAGCAUAAACCCGCCUCUCUCUGCUAUUUUAAAACAGCAUUAUGGUUCACACGUGUGCUGAAAAAUCUGAGAGUACACAAAGACAGGACACCUUCCCCUUGCUGUUAGCUGUGAGCAGGCAGAAGUGAAAGCGUCCCUCAUCCCCUACCUACACUGGCCAGGCAUCAGCGUAAGCAGGAAAUUGAUUCAGAUAACCCUGGCGUGCUCUCACUGUCACCGAAAAGCACUUUUUCCCCUGAUGGUUUCCCUUUGGUUUCAGUACAGAGAGCCCAGGUGCUGGAAGCCAAAAGUGGAAGAAGAGCUUCUGUGACCCCGCCCGAGUCACUGGUGAGCACUGGGAUGGGAAUUACUUUCUGCCUGUGAUGGUUUGGAUCACAUCCCGCCGAGCGCUGGCUGGCACUAGGUCUGGCACAGGGCUGCUGUUUCUCAGUUCCUCUCCCCAGCUGAUUCACACAGGCACCUCUCCAGCUUGGGCAAAGCAUUGCCAUCCACAGGCCCUCUCCUGGGGCAGCCCAUUUCCUCCAGCAAAACAGCUGCAAACCCUGCAGCAAACCUUCUGCAAGGCUGUCAGCAGUGGCAAACAUCCCUGCUGGGCACCCAGAGGUUUGCGUUCUGCACUCUUAGCAGGCAGGAUCACCUUUCACCUGAAAUGCUCUUUCCUGUGCCCUGAGCUGCCCUUAGCUGCGCAGUGCAGUCCUGAGUGAGGCUGAGGUGGAGGAGGUUCUUUCAUGGAGGGUCUCCAUUUUUUGGGUUGGGUGCAUUAUGAAAGUGUUUAAGGAGAUAAAGGCUCUCAUUUCAACAAGAGAAUUGGAAGGUGUUGUACCACAGCAGAGUGGUACACCUUGCAGAAAGAGAUGGGAAUGAUUUUGGUUGAUUUAUUGAACAGUGAGAGCUCUGAAGGAGUUUCUAGAUAGGAUUUUGGGCUGGUGACUAUGUUUCUUCUUAAUGUGUCCCAUAACUUUUUUGCCUAAAGCAUCUGUUCACCGCAGCUGGAAGAAAUUCUGGAGUUAAGGAAGACCUUUAACAGCAAAAUGGAUAAAACAUUGAUUUUUUUUUAUAUAUGUGUUUUUAGACUGUGUGGCAUUAGCUUGCUAAACCAUGCCAUCAGAUGAUGUAAGUAAUGGAGUGUAAUAGGACUCAGGAAAGUGGAUGCCAUGUAAAUGGGAGAGAGCACUAAUAAGAAAAAGGAAGGAAAAUUGUUUCAGGGUUCUCACCUGCUGACAAGAGAAUGAGUUCUUAGGCAGUUCAUCCUGUAGGUAAUCUGUGCUGUGGAAAUUGAUGGUGACAGCUCUCCAUCCGCCUCUGAAGCAGCAGGCAUGCUCUGCUGCUGGCAUCUGCUACAGAGGCAGCCCAGGCAUGAGGGUGGUAAUCCCUCAGGCUGCAUUUUGGCAUCUCUGGUUGACGUGAAGAAAUUAGAAUUGGUCCAUAUUAAAUGUCAGGGAACUGGGAACCCCAUUUUCAGAGAAGAAAAGGUCAGCUGUUUAAAAAUGAAAGGACCAAAUGGGCAACCAUCUCUAGUUUGAAGCAGGAGGCUGUUCAUGUGGAGGGACCAAACAGGGUAAUUUGCAAACUCCAGUUGGAAUAAUAAGUCUUUAUGCCUGAAAUAUGAUUAAGGUUCAUAUUCCUGAGGGCUGUCGAUGUUGGGUGAUCAGUUGUGCUGGAGUAUGUCAGACAUUCAGCCUGGUGGAUAACAGGGAGACCUUCACAAGCUGGGAAGGUAAAUACCGAGUACAACCAUGAACAAGGGUACAGAGUUACAGGAGCACUCAAAUGUUUGCUGUGGAAUACAUUUUAGUUGUUUAAGUGCUUUGGCUUGUUUUUUGUUCAGGUACACCAACUGUCCACAGGAAUUCCUUGCCCAGUGUGGGUUGUUAAAAUAGAAAGGAAAAUGGAUGUUGCUUUCUGAAGCCUGAUGUGGUCUGUGGCAGUGCUGCACUGUGCAUAGCGCAGCACUAGUCACUGCUUUCAUGGGCCAGGAACACACUGCAGCAGAGAGGCAGGGCAGUGUGUCUGUACUUGCCAUAUUAUUUCAUGCCAGCCAAAAGGGUGGUGGUGUGUUGGCCCUGCUUCCCUCCGAAGGCAGCAGAUACCCUCAGUGACCUUACAGCAGCUGAGUGAGAGCUCUCAGAGAGGUGCUGAAGCCAGUAAGAGUGACUUGAGUGUCUGACAGGGUGGGUGGUGCGCACAGAGGAGAGACAGCGUCCCGUGGCACCGCUAUAAAAUUGAGCACUUCUCCUGUGAAACAGUCUGAGAGCUCAGGUGCUGUGCUUUUGUGUGCAUCCUGUAAGGAAAAUGUCUUCUGAGUGCAAAGCUACAAGAAAUGCAAACCAGAGUGGCUCUAGGUCUUGAGCUACUUGCAAAAAAACUACUGUGAGAUUAAGGGACUGGUGACAAAGGUCUCGAGGUUUGUGUCUUAAGGCUGGAAAAAAAUGUUGAUAGUUUUUCCUACUGGGAAAUUGCAUUCCUGUGCCACGUAUGAACAUCAGUAGGUUGAAAGAAAAACUUACGUCACACCUCUGAUUGCAAUCUCACUUUUCUUUUUUUUCCACCACUUCUUGCAGACAGGAUUAAUAUAGCCAAGGACUUGCACAUAAUUUAAUAAAACUUUGGAAAAGUAGGAGUUUCCUGCUAUAAAUGAGGGAUCAACAGAAAAAAGAAAGAUGUCAAGUUAAGAGGCUUCAACUCCUGCAACACCUAAACUGAAGCUGGUGCCGUGUUUCCCUCUGGAAUCUGUCUCACCCCUCUGCAGAUGCCAGCCCUCCCUGCUGCAAGCAGUAGCUGAUGCAGUGUGGCUGCCAGUGAGUAUUUGAAGAGAUUCCCCCUGUGUCUGGUUCCCAGUGCAGCUCCCAUGGCCUGUGACGAACCCACUGCUCUCUCGGGCAUCUUCACACGCCAGAACUCUGCCAGCACCACCUCUCUGGACUUUGAGCCCAACGCCGACUACAAGUUUGUUGAAACCUUAGAGGAUCGGUACAAGUGCGCCUACUGCCACCUCGUCCUUCACAACCCCCACCAGACAGGAUGUGGGCACCGAUUUUGCCAGCAGUGUAUUCUUUCUCUGAGGGAGUUAAAUGCAGUACCCACCUGUCCUGUCGACAAAGAAACAAUAAAAAUGCACGAGGUAUUCAAAGACAACUGCUGUAAGAGAGAAGUUCUCAAUUUGCAUGUGUUCUGCAAAAACUUUCCUGACUGCAGUUCAAAAAUAAUUCUGGGACGAUAUCAGGAGCAUCUUCAGCAGUGUUUGUUUGAAAGCAUGCAAUGCACUAAUGAUGGAUGUUGUGAUCAAAUUCUUCGGAAAGACGUGAAAGAACACUUGAGCCAGCACUGUAAAUUUCGAGAAGAAAUGUGUCAGUACUGUAAUACAUAUGUGGUGUUCAUUAACAUAAAGAAUCAUGAAAAAGAUGACUGUCCUAAUUAUCCUGUGCCUUGUCUCCAAAAUUGCUCACAAAUAAUUCUGAAAAAAGAGAUUGAAAAGCACCAGGCUGUGUGCCCUGAGGCAGAAGUGGACUGCCCAUAUAAGCAGUACGGAUGUCUUGCAAAGGUUAAAAGAGGGAAACUUGCUGAACAUGAAAACACUGCCCUGAGGGAACACAUGCUGCAGAUUUUAGACAAGAACUCCCGGCUGGAAGAACAGAUAUCUGACCUAUAUAAGAGCCUGGAAUGUAAAGAGAUUAAAAUCCAGCAGCUGGCAGAGGCCAUUAAAAAGUGUGAGAAAGAAUUCAGACAGUAUACACAACUGUUUGGUAAAAAUAGCAACUUGAUGGCUUUGGCCAGCCACCUGGAUAAGUCUGCACGCCUGGAAUCACAAGUGAAACAGCUAAUACAGAUGGCAAACCAGCAGCAGAGUAAAUUAGACUUGCGGCCCCUGUUUGACACAAUCGAAAAUGUAAAACAGAAGAUUGCCCUGAUGGAGACAUACGAUCAGCGCUUGGUUGUUUUGGAAGAUCAGUCCAGCAAACAUGAUCUCCAGAUCAAUAUUCACAAAGCACAGCUCAAUAAAAAUGAAGAACGAUUUAAGCUUUUGGAAGGCACGUGCUACAAUGGGAAAUUAAUCUGGAAAAUCACAGACUACAAGAUGAAAAAGAAAGAAGCGGUGGAAGGCCGUGUCCUCUCCAUAGCCAGCCAGCCCUUUUACACCAGCCGCUGUGGGUACAGGUUGUGUGCGAGAGCCUACCUGAACGGGGAUGGCUCAGGGAAGGGAACACACAUCUCUCUCUACUUUGUAGUGAUGAGGGGGGAAUUUGACUCGCUGCUGCUGUGGCCUUUCAAGCAAAAAGUUACACUUAUGCUUUUGGACCAAAGUGGGAAAAAAAAUCACAUUGUGGAAGUCUUUAGAGCCGACCCCAACAGCAGCAGUUUCAAAAGGCCAGAUGGGGAAAUGAAUAUCGCCUCCGGAUGUCCCCGCUUCGUGCCGCACGCGGUCCUGGAGAACACAAAGAACACCUAUAUCAGAGAUGACACUCUGUUUUUGAAAGUCGUCGUGGAUUUAACUGAUCUGGAGGAAUUGUGAAAAUUGUUCCCAAUCAAUGUGACUGCUUUAACCAUUAAGAACUGCUUUCUUGGUGACUACCAGCCAUGCAAUAGUGAGUUGCCACCAGUCAAGCUACUGAGAAUGUUUCACAGCUUUUGGACUCAUAAGAGAUAACGAAUUGCCAAAGUGUCAGCCUUUCCUUUUUUAACCCUUUUUUCAAGACUGCAUUUUUAAGGCAGCUAGAAGUCCGGUUUGGUGCAAGCAUGCAUUCAAUCCAGAUUGGCUCAGUCCAGGCUGGGGGGAAUGCUUUUCUCCCAUCACCAAACUGGUGUUUGGAGAUGAAACUCCUCCAGUAACCUCCCUGGAGCCCAGGCAGGCCAGUGGGCUCCCAUCCCUCACACAGCAGUGAAGCCAUGCCCAAACGUGCAAGUGCAUUUCACCUGCCUGCAAUAGAAACAUUUCAACAUUAGCAAAUUUGAAUCAAUAUGUCUUGGUCCCUCCAUCUCCUGGAUUUUUGAAGAGGGGAGAAUGGCUUCAGUUAGGCAGGGAAACCAUUUGCCAAGUAUCUUGCAUUUUUGUAAUUUGUUUUAAUCAUGUUUUUCCAGAAAGCCCAGAGGAAGGCACCAAUGCCUCUUACUUUUUUAGCCUGGUUUUUCAGCUAUACAGAGUACACCCAGGUCACAACAGCUUUCUUAUGUCCUUUCCUUUCCUGCCUAGUGCCUUGGGACUGAUUUCCAUUAGUGGUAAACAUCCACAGUCCCCAUCUGAAGCCAAAAGCUGCAGGCACUUCUCACCUCUCAGGACAUGGCCAGAGGCAGGGCACUCGGCCAGCCUGCCAGCUCUUGGCUGUGCUGUUGGAAGAGGGGCAAAACUCCUGUUCUUUUUCUUCCACAUCUGUGCAAAAUUGAUGUUUUCUGGCCUACAAGCUUUAUAAAAGGCAGGAAAAGCUUUGGAUAUCUGCCUGGGAUAAAGCCCAUGUAACAUGCACUGUUCCUCUCUCCUAGAAAUUUGGAUGUUAGGGGAAGAAGGGGGAAAAGGGAUUAGGGAGUGAGGUUGCAGUAGGAACCCAAUUCUCACAGUGCAGCUCUAGUGUUUGUUAAAGGGUGACACAGCCACCCUUUAACAACUUGUUGUUCAGUUUGAAGAACUUCUUGUCUGAAGAUUAAGAUCUUCAGACAACACAGUCAGCAGUUGUUACAAAAGGGUAACAACUGCUGACUGUGUUGUCUGAAGAUCUUAAUUCUCAUUCCAAGUUCCUUCCAUACUGCAAGGGAAUGUGUGCAUUGUAUGGGGUUUAUUGGAGACCCACUAAAACUAUCAAGAUCAGGCACUGAGGAACAAGUGACACAGAAUACACGUGCCUUUUUAAAGCCUUUUGGGUGCCUGAUGUAAUUUUGCAUUCUCAGCCAUUUUGUUAUUACAAGUGACAGAGUUUUGCAUCUCUCAUCUCUCACAGAUCAGGUAGUGAAACACCACAGCAUUAUCCAUUGCUCCAAAGCUUAUCAAGAGACAGCAAGACAAUAAGCUGGAUUUAGAGUAAGAGUAAACUAGGCAGGAUAAAAAUCAAAACGGGGCAUGGACUGAAAGGUAUAAGGCAGAAAAUUCAAGAGGGCAAAUGUGGCAAAAUGAAAAAUGCCCUCUCUGUGCGGGAUGUUGAUAUCAACUAAAAUAAUUCAAGGUUUGGUACUAAGAUGAAGGCAAAAUACUGUAUUUUGUAUCAGCAAUCUUAUUGCUAGACAUUUACUUUCCCACGUGGUUUUCAGGACGUAACUCAGACACAUAUAUUUUCAAAUUGGGGGGUGGAAGGGAAGAGACCUUAGUAAUCUAUACCUCAUGGUGGGUUAGCACAUCUGAAAUCUUUGUUUUCAUCUGGAAGUCCUUUUUGUUUUACAAUGUCAGGACAUACUGAGCCACCAUAGGGGCUUUCCGUGUUCCCAGAAACAGAUGGCAAGGAACAAAUUUUAUUCUUUUGUACCACCAUGAUUGACUUCAAGAGUAAUUUCAGCUGUACAGCAUAAAGAAUUAGGCCUCAUGUCCCUAGCAUUGUUACAGAAAGAGAAAGCUUGGUUUGACAGUGGUGUGGCAUUCUGUGUCAUCAACCCUGAGCCUCAGAUGUGGAUUUCAUGUUGAUUAUUACUUCAGUAUUUGUCACAUAACUUUCAAAGUGACACAACUUGCAUAAUAACCACUAAUAACGGAUGGAAACGUACCAACCGUGUGUCCUGGGACUCCUCAGUACUUUGAGUAUAAAAUACAGAAAAUGAUAAAGAACUUGGACAAGCAAGGGAGGCAAGAUGGAAAGGAUGUGGUCUGUAUCCUGGCAAAUACCCAGCCCUCUCCACCUCCACCACCCCAAGCGUAAAAUGGGGAUAAUAAUACUUGCAGAAAUGUUAGAGCUAUUUAAAUGUUUGUGAAGAAGUUUGAGCAUGAAGAGAGCUAAGUAUUAUUAAAACUCCAUUUCUAAUUGUUAGAGUAGGUGAUGGCAUAGUGAUGUGGAUAAGUGUUUAGUGUUUUCCUAGACAGAUUUUGAAAUCAUGUUUGGUUUUAGCCAGUUUGUACUGCAAUCUCUCCUCUACCUACUGGUUGGGUUUAGGUUUUUGCCACGAAUAUUCCUCUUAAAAUUUUGAAGCACAAAUGAUUCGUCCUGGGUGUUGGAAACAUCCCUUUUGACAUACUGCCUGUUUUAUAAAGAAUUAGUUGAGAAAAUUGGGUUUUUUUAAAGGCAAGACCUUCUUUAAAUUGUUUUUUUUUAUUAUUACAGUAAUUGAGAGAUUUAUGUUAAAAUUUUCAGUGAUUUUUUUACUACUUGUAAACAGGAUUUUAAACUUCACCCCAUUCCUAAUAAAGAAAAAAAUAUGUUGUAUAGCAUGAAUUGUCAGGAAGAAUUUUGAUGUUGCAUGAAAAAAAUACCAAAAACCUUUUCAAUAAUAUUGUACUGGAUAAGUAACCAAAAGAGGUUAGGGUAUUUCUACAUCAGCAUAUAGUAUGUUUCUAACAUAUUUAUUGACAGUUUGUAGUUGUUUGAAUAUCUCUUACUACAAUGCAGGCAUUUUUCUAGCCAAAUGUCUUCACUGUGUACAUAAACUAAUGUAAGAAUAAAUAAUUUUACCAUC